UCUCUCCCACCUCGUCCGUGGCCCAAUUCCAUUAUCCCAGGGCAGGAUGAUUAAUCGGAUAAUAUGCAAUACCUCGCCCGAUUCCGAUUGAGUCCGUCCCGGACGCCCCUGGCGCCCGGCGCAUGGAAAACCAACCUAUCCCGUCCACUACCGUUCCUAGGUUCGAGCUGUUACCACCGCCAUCUAGCCUCUACGACCACACCCGCGAAACCCGGGAGACUCGACCUACGAGCUCUGGACAAGAAAUGGCAAGCGAAAUGGCAAGCAGAUGGAGCGGGGGGCGUUGGAUUGACCGAAGGAGGAUCCUCCCACACGCAGGGAACCCGGGAACCCGACGGAAGUGAAAAGCCCAAAUUCUAUGUUCUUUCCAUGUUUCCUUAUCCGUCUGGAACGCUGCAUAUGGGUCAUUUACGGGUGUAUACGAUCUCUGACCUGUUGGCGCGGUUUUAUAGAAUGCGUGGACAUGAGGUGUUGCAUCCCAUGGGGUGGGAUGCGUUUGGGCUCCCGGCAGAAAACGCGGCGAUUGAGCGAGGGAUUGAUCCGGCGAAAUGGACCAUGGAUAACAUCGCGAAGAUGAAGGAACAACUACGGAAGAUUUCGACUUCGUUUAACUGGGAUCGGGAAAUUGCGACGUGCAAUCCGGAAUUUUACGAGCACACUCAACGACUGUUUCUGAGGCUGUACGAGAAAGACCUGGCGUACCAGGCUGAAGCUAUGGUCAACUAUGAUCCGAUAGACAAAACGGUGCUGGCGAACGAACAGGUCGAUGCGAAUGGCUUCUCAUGGCGAUCCGGAGCGAGAGUUGAGAAGCUGAAGCUGAGACAGUGGUUCUUCCGCAUUACGGCAUUUAAAGAAACGUUGUUGAAGGAUUUGGAUUCCCUGGCCGAUGGAUGGCCAGAGCGCGUGCUGUCUAUGCAGCGGAACUGGCUCGGGAAAUCGUACGGCGCGAAGAUCAAGUUUCCUCUUGUUGUUGAGGGCAACGGCGGCCAACAUGUAGAUAUUGAGGUUUUUACUACCCGCCCUGAUACGCUCUACGGAGUUGAGUACCUCGCACUCGCGCUGGAUCAUCCCAUUGUUCUAGAGGCGGCAAAGAAAGACGAGGGAUUGCAAAAGUUCCUGCAGGAGGCAGCGUCGUUCCCACCUGACUCUAAGGCUGGUUAUAAACUGUCGAACGUUAGUGUGACACAUCCGCUGCGCGCCAUUGACCCGGAAAGUCCUCACAUCGCUCCAUCCUUACCGGUGUUUGUAGCACCCUACGUUCUGAGUGAUUACGGUGAAGGUGCUGUGAUGGGGGUUCCGGGUCAUGAUUCUAGGGACUUCCUGUUCUUCAAGGAGAACGCGAAUCCUAGCUCGAUAUCUCUCGUAAUUGAGGCUGAAUCUGGCUCUGAUAGCGCGAAACCCAUUACACAGGAAGGGGUUCUAAACUCAAGAUGCGGUAAAUACCACGGUCUUCACUCCCGCGAGGCUGGGAAACAGAUCGUAAAUGAUCUCAAGGCCACUGGUGGCGGCGACUUUGUGGAGCAGUGGAGACUAAGGGAUUGGUUGAUCAGUCGACAGCGUUACUGGGGAGCUCCAAUCCCCAUCAUUCACUGCGGAGACUGCGGUCCUGUCCCCGUGCCAGAAAAGGACCUUCCAGUAAAGCUACCUGAGAUAGAGGGUGACUGGCUAAAAGGGAAACGAGGGAAUCCCCUCGAGUGGUCUGAGGAGUGGGUGAACACCCAGUGUCCGAGCUGUGGCGGAGCAGCUAAGCGGGACACUGACACGAUGGAUACAUUUGUCGAUUCUUCGUGGUAUUACCUACGGUUCCUGGAUCCUAAAAACAAACAGGAGCCUUUCUCUCCUUCGGUGGCACGGCCAGUCGACAUCUACAUUGGUGGUGUCGAGCACGCUAUUCUCCAUCUGCUCUACGCCCGAUUCAUCUACAAAUUCCUAGCCAGCACCGAUUUGUUCCCGGAUGAAGCCCGCACAGGUGCAGCACAAGAGCCAUUCAAAACCCUCCUUUCCCAGGGCAUGGUUCACGGCAAGACUUUCUCUGAACCAUCCACGGGCCGAUUCCUUCUGCCUUCUGAACUAGAUCUUUCCAACCCCGAUAGACCAUUCAUCAAAGGCACUGCGGUCACUCCUAAUGUCUCAUUUGAGAAGAUGUCCAAGAGCAAACAGAACGGCGUGGAUCCGACGACGUGCGCUGCCAAGCACGGCGCGGAUGCCAUCCGCGCCCACGUUCUCUUCUCCGCUCCAGUAAGCGAGGUACUGGAGUGGGAUGAGACAAAGAUUGUUGGCAUUGAGCGUUGGUUUGGCCGACUUUGGAACCUUGUCCUGGACGCACAGCAGAGCUUUAUUAGCUCAUCGCCCUUGGAGUCAGGGCAAGGUGACUCGAGCGCGGUCGUUGAUCUUGUAGCACGCCUUGCGGAUCAAUUGCAGAGCCUGGGCGACAAUGACGCCGAAGCGGUUCUUUCCACUCACCGAACCAUCUGCUCCGUCACCAACUGCAUUGAGAACAACCCCUACGGGCUCAACACGGUCAUCUCUGACCUAACCAAGCUGACGAAUUCCCUCUUAUCGUCACCCCCCACCUCACCACUCGUCCUCUACCUCACCGUUUCCUCUCUUUUGCGUCUAUUGGCUCCUAUUGCGCCGGCCUUGGCCUCUGAAUGCUGGGAGAUCCUUCAUGCGGCUGCGGUGCCAAAAGUAUCGGGGCGCGUGGUGCCGGCGAUAUUCGAUUGCCCAUGGCCUACCCCUCUGUUGAGCACGGAACAAGCGGAUGCUCUUUCUGCACGCGGAGGUCAAAUCGUCGCGGUGCAGAUUAAUGGCAAGCUUCGAUUCACGGCCACCGUUCCCCGCCCAGUGUCGCCCACGACGACGGCCACGGAGGAACAGGAGUGGAUUAUCCGGCACAUUCUAGAGACGGAAGAAGGGCGCACUUGGUUACGGGAAAAGAAUGACUGGGAGAAACGCAGACGGGUGAUUGUGGUCAAGGGAGGAAAAUUGGUCAACGUGGUGUUCUAGGUUCUUUCUCUUGCUUCUUGAGGUUGCAAUAGACCAACUCAUUGUAUUUUUUAUCAAGCCGUGUAAAUUAGAAAUUCUCAAAUACUCUUAAAAUUC